AAACAAGAAAAAAAAAAAAACAAAACAAAAAAAAAAAAAAUCUGGAAACAGAGAAACGGAAACACCAACCCAAAUUUUCUUUCAUUUGGAAUACAGAAAAACAAUUGCCCUUAAACUUGGACGAAAAUUACAAACCCGGUCCCCAAAACAGUGGGUUUUGAAGUGCAGAGAGGAAAAAAGUCCAGCUAGUUUACAGGUGGUGGAAGUGGUUCUCUGAAGCUGCAACUUGCAAGUCUCAGAGACAAAGCGUAACCGUACAUGAUGUGAUCAAGCUCUCUCUUCUCUCUUCACUUUCUCUCUCUAAACUCUCUCUCUUUCGUCGUCUUCUUCUUUCUUCUCCAUUCGAUGACCACGUGGACUAUUUCAAGUGCGGUGUCAAUUUGUAGCCUGUAAAACAUUUUUGCAUAUGAGAGAGAAAGAAAGAUGAAGAGAAAGAAAGAAAGAAUUAGAGAAGCAGAGCAAAACUGCUUUUGUUUUCAUCCUUAUAAAUCAAUCUCUCCUCUCGCUCUCAUUUCCACUUCGCCACCGUUUCUUCUCCAAUUCUCUCUCUAAACUCUAGAAACGAAGGGGAAGUUCGAUUUUUUUUUCACUUUUCGUCAAUCUCUCUUUCUCUCUCUGCAACAAUGGGUGAAGAUAAGGUCGCUGCUCUCAAAACUGGUUUGUUUUCCAUGCAAAACGAUGAUGAAAUUGAAAACCCAACAAAUUUUUUUCAGAGAUUUUCAUCCGAGAAAAUCCAAAUUUCCGUUUCUGAAGAAUUUUCUCAGCAGCCCGACCUCAGUCUCAGACUCUCUCUUGGCGGUCCAUACGGCGAAAACUCCAAACAAAACAACAACAACAACAACAAGCUUUUAGCUCGGUCUUCUUCUGUCGGUGGAGUUAUGGCCAACGAAGAAAGAGGAGGAGGAGGAGGUCAUGCUGACACCGGCGCCGGCGCCGGCGCCGGAAAACCCAAAACUCUACCGGCGGCGACCACCACAUAUCUUUCGCUCUCCAGAUCUUGUUCUCUUCCGGUGGAGUCGGAGAAGAGGAUGAUUGAGCUCAAAGAAUUUCAAGCAAUAAAGAGAAUGGUAGCGAAGAAGAGGAUGGUGGUGGAGAAGCAGAGGAACUGCAGCCGGGUUUCUUUUGAGGAUGAAAAGUCUCAGCCGGAGCCGGAGGUGACAUUGGCGGUGCCGGCACCGCCGAUUUCAUCGUCGGAGAUGGCGGCUUGGGCGGCGGCCUCUGCCACUAAGAGUCCUGCUCUGUCCCGUGCGAUUUUAAAGAUCAAGUCUCAGGGACAUGUGUUUGAUGGCAAACAGGCUGAAGGUACAGCACUUGGAAUACGAGGUGAUAUCGUCUUUUCUGGAUAUGAAGACUCAACUGCUGGAAAGAAAAUUUUGAGUGCAACACAAUCAUUGUCUGAACAGAGGGACAAAGAACCUGCUUUCACCACUCAGCCGAUAGCCAACGGAAAAUCUGUGGGGACUGCAGAAAACAAGCAGGAGAAUCCAACGAAGAAGGCCAAAGUUUCAAAUGGCAUUGUUCUUGACAACGGGAUGGAUGUGAUGACUAAAAUGCCGAGUGUGAGCUGUAUUGGAGAUGGCCCUAAUGGAAGAAGAAUCGAAGGAUUUCUCUACAAGUAUACAAAAAGUCAGGUUAAAAGAGAACUUCAAAACUUGCAAAUGAAUGGUGAAACUUUCUCUGUUCAUUAUCCUAUCUUUUGGCUGUCCUUUUAUGUAGAAUACAUCAUGUUUUGUUGUAAGCUAUUGCUUAUCUUUGCAUUGGUGAAGAAAAGAGGAAGACAGAAAACGUGACUUAUGAAGGAAUGGGUGUGUGUGGACACUUGAAAUCUGAAGUCAAUCUUGACAUUAAUACCA